AUGAUCAGUGAUACUUUGGAAGAGAGCAAAAUACGUAGGCGUUUGAUGUCCGAUUCCACUGUUGAAUUCAUACCUGGAGGAGCUAGAAAGCGAGUUUCUAAAGCCUGCGAUCAUUGCCGGAAGCGGAAGAUUAAAUGUGGACCCGUGGAUCCUGCAAGUAACAAGUGCAGUAACUGUAUGAAGUUUGAUACUGUGUGCACUUUUGAACACCACCAUGAGAUGGAGCGACAACGCAAGGCGUUUGAAAUGGAACGAUUUGCAGCUGACAAAAAAGUGCGGAAACAGCAACAUACGCAGCCAGACCAAUCGAGCAAUGUGGAACAAAAGUUGGAGAAAAUUCAACAAGAUCUAUCGGCGUUGGUAAAAUGUAUGUCAAUGGAUGGCGGAAUAACGAUAAAGAAAUUAGGUAAGGCUGAGGACAAAGGGUAUUUUGAUAGGACACCUAUGGCCAAGCGCAAGCGAUACACGACAGCGUUGCUCACCAAAAGGAAGAUCGCGUGGCUUAAAGAACAAGCGACUUCAGUUUUGGUCUGCAAGGAUGUAGACGGGAAAAAUGACAUAUCAGACUCGGUGGGAGUUGCUCAGACCUUUAUACCACUAAAAGAAGUUCUGGUGACAUCUUCCAAGUGGUACGUAGUUCAAUUGAAAAAGCUCAUUGAUUUUUCAAACCCACAUUUGUCUUCAAGUCGCGAACUGUACCCUAUCCCUUCUGAAAAUCUGUGUAAGCGAAUCUUGGAAACUUUCAGGACAAAGGUUUUUGCUGAUGGGUUCAAUAUUGUCCAGAGUGAAGAAUUAGACGUACUUUUUAGAAGAUAUCAUGAUCACGAAAGACUUUCAUACUCUGAGUUGCUUCUGAUAAAUGUGACCUUACUACUUAGUACAUGGUAUGACCUCAAUGAUGGGACCUUCCUGAAAAAGGAUGAUCUGGACGCAAAGCAGGAAGAACAACUACAGACAGUUGAAGAUAAUACCCUUCUAAACUCAAUGUACCAUUAUCACAAGGUCUCUUUGGUUUGUGAUGGAAUCAAGACUAUCCAGGGUCUCUUGCUUCUCUACCAACAUGUCAAAGCUAAGAUUAGUGGAGAAGUAUCAUACAAUAUUUUUUGCAUCGCUGUGCGCUUCGCUCAAGACAUGGGCUUAAGCAGAAGGGAAACCUACCAGGGCUUAAGCACUUCCGAUGCUCUUCAAAGACUAAUCAUUUGGUACUAUUGCGUAUCUGAGGACGGUCAAUCAUCGUUGAGUUUUUCUAAACCACCGCUUAUAAAUCCAGAUGACACGGACGUUUUAACUGAUGAAUACUACAUGGAGUUCAUAAGUGAAUAUCUACUGCCGCAAGUAGACCCUGAAGCAGCAGAACAAAGGUCAGUCAAAACACUGGAGCAAGCAAUGACAAUUUUACUCAAUCAUGGGGAAUAUGUGCUUUUUGCCACAUCUUACUAUUCUAACCUUUUAUCAAGAAUAAGCCACAAGAUACGCAGAAAUUUCUUUUCAGUCAAUGCCUUAACUAAUAAAUCAUUUGAUGAAAUUGUUGAAAGAAUACUGAAAGUUAAGCAAGAGCUUGAAAUGUGGGAAAGGGGCCUUCCACCCUCAUUUUCAUUGGAUACAUAUAAGCAGUAUCUGACGAUCUUUGAAUUUAAAAGCCUCAAUGGUAAAUCAGUACCAGACAUCGAGUAUCUCUCUGCUCACAUACUAGCAUUACAUUAUCACCAUUUUUAUCUCACAGCGGUAGUGAACCUGUUUUCCUGUUCGUUUUUCAUCGAUAACAAAGGAGCACAUCACUUGUCUAAGUACAAUAUUUCUGAUUUGGCGCAAAAUCAUACAAAUCAGGUUGGAGACAUGUGCGUUAGAAUUUUGCUACUUUGGAAGAAUGUCUCAGUGAUACCAAAUAUGCUCCAUGGUAUGCUUUACAACUUUUUCACUGGCGCGUUUGUACUCUUACUGAUGGUUAUCAAGUACUGUGAUGAAGUUCAGACAGCAGAACACAUUAAAAUUCUUUGCGACCUUUAUGAUUAUCUAAUGGCGUCGGGUAAUCUCAGGUUGCUUACGGACAAUAUCAAAUGGAAUGUUUCCAUGUUUCUGUACACAUUCCUUCUAACUUUGGGGAUAAAAUGUUUUAAUCAAAAAAAUUCGCUGGCGUCUUCCUAUCAGUUUAAUUCUGCACGAUUUGAGUCAAGAUUUGGCGAACUUACUCAAAAAUGUGAAUCUAUAAAGAACAUAUCCGUGGCUCAGUUGAAAGAGUAUAUGAACAAGUACAAUCCUACACUUGCAAAUGAUCUCUCACACGCAAACGUGGUGCCCGAUGGAGAGAAAUGUACUGACAAUGUCGUCAGGCUUCUGAAUAUUUUCAAUGAACUCGACUUCCAAGACUUGGAAAGUUUGGCAUCUUCUCUACCCGUACUAUGGGGUCCCUCUUAUGAUGACAUUUCCAAAAAAAGGUCCCCCACAAGAGCGAGCAAUUUCGCAGUUCCCUCUACUAUAGAGCAAUCGAACUUCCCUAGAGGAGAUGAUAAUGAUUCACUUUUCCCCGAGAGCUAUCGAGGCGGCUUUACACCUCAAAAUGGUCCACCAGUGAUAACAGGACCUCUUGAGACCGAAAUAUUAGCAUCGGACCCUUGUGACUUUGAACAGUUGUUAGAUAACAUGUUGUUCGACAGGGAUUUUAGUCUGCCAUCGAACAAUAUGCAAAAACUAUGA